GUGACUUGGUUUCUGUCUCCUGUCACUUGACUUCUCUCGGUCUGAGUCAUCCUUCUCAGAAGUGCAAUUGAAUUGCACGGAUACAAGAUUCAGCUGGACUUGAAACUGGACAGAUUUCCUCCCAGUGAGCAGUCUGAAGCCGGUCAACAGCUUGGAGCGAGCUCGCUGUGCACACGGGACCGAUCGUUAAUAAGACACAUUUUAUAUCAUCAACAUGGAAUUCUCAGAGGAAGACUACGACUAUGAAAACACCACCUACAACUUCACCUAUGAUGACUAUCCUGCCGUAUGCGAGAAAGGGGACAUCCGAUCUUUCGCAGCCCUCUUCCUGCCCAUCAUGUACACCGUGUGUCUGGUGGUGGGACUGGCUGGAAACGUUUUAGUCGUGGCUGUCUACGCCUACCACAAACGCCUGAAGACCAUGACAGAUGCCUUCUUGACCCACCUGGCUGUGGCUGACUUACUCCUGCUCCUCACGCUCCCUUUCUGGGCUGCUGAUGCUGCAAGGGGCUGGGAGCUAGGGGAGGUUGUUUGUAAAAUCGUGUCCGCCUGCUACACAGUGAAUUUCACCUGCUGCAUGUUGCUGCUGGCGUGCAUCAGCUUGGAUCGUUAUUUAUCGCUGGUCAGAGCACAGGAUAGAGGCCAAAGACGAUGGCUACAGAGGGCGUUCACCAGGAAAUGCUGUUGGAAGGUGUGUUUAGCUGUUUGGGUGACAGCUUUCCUCCUUGGCCUUCCUGAUUUAAUACUCUCAGAAGUGAGGCAGGCAUCUGAUAGAAAUAUCUGUCUAACCAUCUAUCCUUCAUCUAUGGCUCGAGGAGGUAAAGCUGUCCUAGAGGUGGUCGAGGUGUUGUUGGGAUUCCUACUUCCUUUGCUGGUCAUGGUGACCUGCUACUGGCGGGUGGGCUGUGCACUCCGGGGCCUCCCUGAUGAGAGCAGAGGGAAGAAGUGGAAAGCUCUGCGUGUCCUUCUCAUUGUCGUAGGGGUGUUUGUGAUGACUCAGCUGCCUUACAACGUGGUUAAGGUGUAUCGGGCAAUGGAUACAGUCUACAGUUUAGUGACCCACUGCGGGGCGAGUAAGGUGCUUGAUCAGGCGGCUCAGGUGACAGAAAGCCUGGCUCUCACUCACUGCUGUCUGAACCCGAUCCUCUAUGCCUUUGUGGGGUCUUCCUUUAAGAUGCACAUGAUGAGAGUGGCCAAGAAGUUUGAAGCGAAGCGAAGGAAGAGGGGAAGCAAAACAACAGAAACUAAUGUGGAGGAGGGGAUGGAAAUGUCAUUCAACUCCCACACUGCAUCCCAAGAGACAAACUCAUUCUCAAUAUGAGACAUGACUAAAAUGUCAGCGAGGUCUAUGUGUCUAUAUAUGCACACAAGGUCCAGCAGGAGAGCAUAUAAAGCUUUUGUUGAUGUAGGGUGUAGCAGCAGUAGCAAAAUGCUUGCAAAUCAUUAAACUGUUCAAAAAUCCCACUAGUUUUAACAGUCUGUUCCUAAAAACAGUCUUUUUCUGCCAAAGCGAACAGUUUAUGUGCUGGUUUCAAAGAGCUCCAAUAUAUAUUACUUUCUUUUUAAUAGCUGGAUGAAAAUCCAAGUCCACGGACAUCACCAACUGCUGCAUUUCAUUUCUUGAGAUACUCCACUUGGCUCUUACUACAGCUACUUCAGUUGCUGCUUGUUUUUUUGGAUUCAAAAAGCAUGCUUUUCUAAGUUGAAGUCAGGUGACCAAGUGGUAAGUUAAGAAUAUCCCAGCUCUCUGGCCCGAGAAACUCUUGGGUUGAUUUUCCAGGAUGUUUUGGGUUUUUUCCGUGUGCACUGUAAAAUGCUAUCUGAGCAGAGACUACAGGCCUGUACACUUCAUAAUUCAUCCAGCUACUUCUAUAAGCAGGCACAUCAAACACUAGUGACCCGGUUGCACUGGCAGCCAUGCCAAUGCCAUAACACUGCCUCCACUAUGUUUGACAGAUGAUGUGGUUUGAUUCAUAUCACGAGUCAUUUCUCUCUUCCUCCAUAUGUUUCUUGUCGUAUCAGUCUGAUAAAAGUUCAUCUUGGUUUCAUUUGUCAAAAAAAAAGGGAAAGUCUAAUCUGUCUUUCAUGUUGCUGAAUGUAACCAGCGGUUUGCACCUUGUGAAACACACUGUGCUGAUCAUUUAUCAUGAGGGUGUAUCUGGAGAGUAGACUUUGCCAAUAAUAUGUCUACCUCCUCCCCAGUGUUCUUCUUGGUUGUUUUUUUAAACCAAGGAAAGAAUUCUGCAAUAUUCCACUUUAGUUGCUUUCUGUGGUCUUUCAGGUCUUGUUUUUGAGCUGGCCUUCUUUUAAAGAACAUACUAGAUUGCAGAGUUAGAGAUUUAUGCUCUCUUUGACAGGUUUGUUUGUUUGUUUUUUCAACCUAAUGUCCUACCUCACCCUUUUUUAAUAUCUUGCAGGACGUAAUAUAAGGAGUUCAGUAGACAGUUACCAAAUACAAGCUCAACACUUUGAACCAAAUGCAGAUAUUUGUUUAGUUUUCCAUUAUUCUGCUUCUCAACUGUCCAGUUACAUCUAAACCUCUGAAAAUGGGAGUCUGUGUAGCUAUAAAGUCAGUACAUUAAUCACGUUUUAUCGUUUGAUUUAAAAAUCUGCUGAGGUGGUGAACAGAGGUAAAACUACAUAAAAAUAUUCUCCAAAUACUUAUGGACCUAACUAUCCUUUUAAUCCAGAUCUUCAAGUUAACUUGUGCUUCUCUGAAAUUUCACCAGAAACUUGCACUCUGCCCACACAGUUAAGAUUUAUUACUAAACUCUCUCUGCAUUACACACUAAAAACACCCACAAAGGAAAGAAAAACCAGACCUGCUGGAACUUCAGCUUUGUUGAAAAAGUGCUUUGUUUAAUUACAAUCAACCAUGAAUAAAAACUCCAGACCCAUUUCAUGUAAUAAUCUGCACAGCCUGUAAACCAGAUAUUAUAUCGUGCACCUAUGAAAGGGUGAGCAAAGACUUUGAACCUCUGUAUGUUUGCCAAAUAUCUGUUUUUCUCAGCUCAGGAUGUAUCCUGAAAACUCUUAAAAAAACAAAAAACAAAAAAAAAAAACCCAACAAACAUUAACCAUCAACAGAAUUGCUGUAGUGCGCUGCUGGUGUUUCAGAAUCAUGUGAUAUAUCUACAUCCACUGGGACUUUGGUUUGAUGUGGGAACGCCGCAUUUGUUGUUUCCUGAAUUCCUAGGAACAUCUGAAACACACAUUUUUCCACACACAGAUUCGCUCCUCUGCACUGAGAGCCGAGGCUGCACAGCGGGGUAAAAAACACUUUUUUAUGAGGCAAUGACGAAAAGUUUGUAAUCGUACUUUAUCACUACAUAUGGGUUUACCACUGAGCUGAAAUUCCUUAGAAAAUGUGUAGCUGCAGACAGAGGGAGGGCUGGACACAUUCAGAUAUUAAUUGUUACCCUUACCGUCCAGCAUCGGCAUCAUUAACCCUGACAGAUAUAAACAGGAUACUGCAUAGUUCAAAUGUUUUUGAUGUCUGUUGCAACUUGUUUUUCUUUUUUCCUUUUUUUUUAAAUGCUCCAAUUUGACAAAAUGUAUACAAUCGAAUGUUUACUUGUGUCAUUCAUUUUCUAUUCAUUAGAUGUGAGGUUUAUUUAUUAUUCUUUAGUAUUUUUUUUCCCUGCAUCCCAGCUGGUGGAACUCAAGUAUUGGUGUAUACUGCAGGUCACACAAUGUGGAAAGCAUCUGAGAAAUGUUAUCCAUCUGUUAAAAGAGCAAAACACUUCAUUGAGCCAAAAAAGAAAAAAAAAAAAAAAAAAGGGGGGGGGGGGAGGGGGUUGAUCCAAUUUGAAUUGUUGCAUACCUUCUGUGUGAUUCAAGACAAUUUUGAAAACAAUUAUUUGUUUCAGACUCAAAAUUUGCAUUCGAGUGAUUUUUGUUCAUUUUCCUUACAUGCAUUUCCUUUGCAAAUACAACUGUGCUCAUUAAACUGAUUUAUUGAGAACAUAAACAAUAUAUCUUACAAUAAAAAAUGAAGUAUACAAAAAAAAAAA